AUGGAUUCGACACCGUCAUCAUCCAGAUGUUCCUCCUCGACCACAUCAUCGGCCUGGCCAGAUGAGGCUCCUCAAUCCGAGACUCCCAGCACUACCUCGGACGUAUCGUCAUUCUCUGCUACACGCCGUGUAGGGCUUUCCAAACCAUUUCGCUCUCCUCUUCAGCGGACACAAUCGUCGCCGCACAACAUGGACCAAAGCACUUUCUCAGUAUCAAGGGCUGGUACAGGUGCAUCGAGCCCUCGCCCUCCUGCUGGACCACUCUCUGUCAGAAAGCAGCGCGAGCCACUCGAAACUCGGCUGGUCAUGCUACGACAGGCAAGCAAGUGCCUCAGAGAAGACGCACUCAACGAACUCCCAAAAGAGACUGCAAGAUGGCGCGAAGCAGGUCAACUUGCAGCACAAGACUUAUGGAGGAUGACAGGAGCACAAGGAGGAGACUGGUCCACUGCCGCUGGUGCUUCCACUCGAGAAGACUAUGGCCUCGAAUCACCUCCUUCCACCCAGUCUCACAAAUGCAAGGCGCAAGAUUCCCAGGAGUCACCGGAGCCACCUUUGCUCUUGCGGCGAUCUCGGAUGAGCUCACCAGGAGCAGAAGAGGAAUCUGCAGCGCUGCGUUCCACCCAAGAGUCUGCCGGUCGCAGCAUCGACCCAUUACGACGAGCCCAAGGUGAAAAUAGCCAGGGAGCGCUGUCCGAGACCUCGCUUCCAGAUGUCUCUGAGCUUCUGCGUCGAUCUCAAUCGCUUGUCGGUUCCUCAUCCACCCCGCGACAGCAACAGAGCUUAUUAGGAACGCAGCUCCAAGAGUCGGAACCAUCCCCAGCAGCAGCAGUCCCUGCUGGUAGUAUGGCUAUCGAACGCAAGUGGAACAUCGGCAGUAUGCUGGAUAUGCUGGGUGCUGAUAAGUCGACGCUAGCAUGGGAUCCCGAAGAAGAAGACUUUCGUGACCCGGGCACCAACUGA